CUCGUCCCUCAUCAGCGGCCAUCCUUCGCUCCACAUCCUUAUCCAUACCCACCUCACCCCACGCCAUGCCUGCUCCUUCGCUGCGCGCCGCCUUUGGCCACCUCGGCCCCGUGCCGGCCAAGAUGGAGCACGCCGCCAUCGACGCCGCCCUCACCGCGCCCACGUCGCCGUUUGCGCUCGAGGAGCGCGUGCUGCCGCACAACGGCGUCCUCACGCGCACGUGGAAGAACCUGCCGCGCAGCACGCGCGACUUCUUCCUCAUGACGGCUCAGGCCUUCGGACCGCGUGAGCUGGUCGUGUACGAGGGCACCAGCAUGACGUACACCGAAGCAUUCGAGCGCGCCUGCCUCGUGGCGCACUGGCUGCGCAUGGAGUUUGCGGUGCGCAAGGGCGACAAGGUCGGCAUCGUGAUGCGCAACCUGCCCGAGUACCUCAUCGCCUACCAGGCCAUCCACCUGCUCGGCGGCGUCGCCGUGUGCCUCAACGCCUUCUCGGACGGCGACACGCUGGCGUUCUGCGUCAACGAUGUCUCGUGCCGGGCACUCAUCUGCGAUCCGGAGCGCUUCGCACGCCUGCAGGCCGUGUACCCGGACCUGAACAAGGGCAAGGCCGGCAGCGUUGCCGGCAUCGCAGUGACGGCGCGCGUGGGGGCCGGCUUUGCCGAGAAGUCGGAGCGGUCGUGGGAGGGCGGCAGGGCGGGCCCGAAGGUGUUCGGCUGGGAGGAGCUCGAUGCGAAGCACAAGCCGACGCUGCCCAAGGGCCCGCCGCAGGCCGAGGUGGACCCCGACGACGACUGCAUCAUUCUGUUCACGAGCGGCACAACUUCGCGCCCCAAGGGCGUCGUCAGCACUCAGCGCUCCAACCUCUCGUGCCUCAUGCUCACCACGUACGGCAUUGCCCGCGCAUUCCUGCGCCGAGGCGUGCCGCCGCCGCCGCCGGCCGACCCCAAGGAGCACGACUUGCAGGCGACGACGCUUGUGUGCAUCCCGCUCUUCCACACGACCGGCAUCCACUCGGGCAUGACGGGCAACAUGGCCACUGGCUCACGUAUCGUGCUGAUGCACAAGUGGAACGUCGACGAUGCGGUGCGGCUGAUCCAGAAGUACUCGUGCCGCGGCAUUCUGGGCAUUGGCUUCAUGGUGCGCGAGGUUGUGAAUCACCCGGCAGAGAUGCCAUCGCUGGAGUCUGUCGCACAUGGAGGCGCAUCGGCCGCCAAGGAGCUGCCCGGCGAGGCGGACCGCAAGACGAAGGGCAUGCUUGCUGGCGUCGGCUAUGGCCUGACGGAGGUGAACGGCGUGGCGUGCGCCAAUUACGGCGACGACUACCAUCGCGAGCCGACAUCUAUUGGUCUGCCGCCCGCGGCGGUCGAGCUGCGCAUUGUGGACCCCAUCACGCUCGUCACGCUCAAGGAAGGCGAGCAGGGCGAGCUGUGGAUCAAGGGCCCAGGCAACGCCAAGGGCUACUACAACCGGCCCGAGGCGACGCGCGAAGCAUUCAUGCCCGAUGGCUGGUUCCGCACGGGCGAUCUGUGCGUGCGCGAGCCGAAGAACGGACUGUACUACAUCGUCGGCCGCGCCAAGGAGAUGAUCAUUCGCGGCGGCGAGAAUAUUGCGACGGUGCAGGUUGAGGAUGCGGUCUACAACCACAAGGCGAUCGCCGACUGCGCCGCAGUGCCGCUGCCGGAGCGCACGCUCGGCGAGCGCGUUGCCGUCGUGUGCGUCGUGCGGCCCGGCGAGGAGAUGCCGAGUGAGGAGGACGUCCUGGCGGCAGCAUCCAAGUCGCUCGCGCCCUUCCAGAGGCCCGAGUACCUCUGGAUCCGCACGGAGCCUCUGGAACGGAAUGCCAAUGGCAAAGUGGACCGCAAGGUGGUGGCCAAGGCAACGGCCGAGCGGGCAGCCAAGCAGGGCUGGGUGCCCAAGGAGAAGACAAAGGCCAAGCUCUAAGGAGCGCCAUCUACCCCAGACUAUCGCGAUCCUGCUGCUGCUACGCCGCUGCUGUGCACUUGCUGCCUCUGCUCUAUCACUUGUGCUUCCCUCAUGCGCAGCCUUGCGAUCCCGUCGGUGGAGCAAUCAAUCGAUCAUUCACUCU